AUGGCAACUUGCAGUCUUGUUACAUCAACAUCAUCCUUUCGAUGUCCAUUUGGAAUGCUGAUGUGGCCUGGUACCGGAAGCGUCUACAGUUCCGGACAGCUAAAGAAGCGCUUUGAGGCAAGCGGCAUAGGCAGCUUCGCCAACAAAGCCACGCCGUAUCCUGUAUCGCCAAGGACGCAUUUACCAGUUCGACAUCGAAUCGACGCAGACUUACACCGUCUCUGCUCAACAGUCACAACAACAACUGUGGCAGAGCCUUGUUCGCGUUGA